AUGUUGGAGCUUUGGGACCACAACAGCAGCGGCGGCAAUGAUGAGAUGCUGGAGCAGGUGAUGAUCGACUUCCAAAGCGAGGCUUCGUUCGGAACCAAAACCUGGCCAAUGUCUGCCGGGGGCACUGUGACGUUGACAUGGGCCAUUGCUCCGGAGCCGCUGUUUUCGCCACCCGCAUCGCCUGAUCUUCUGCGAGUGGCGCGGGUGGCUGCGCAGGACCUAAACCUUCUCGUGGAGGAGGGUGUCGGCCUGGAGCCGUACAUUCUCAUGACAGGGGUGGCCCUGGAAGUGCAAGAAAGGUGGCAAGCAGCUGAGGGCUCCGAUCCGAGCAAUCCGGUUUGGGAGGAUGCCCGCGAACUCCUCCUGGAUGCGCAAGGCUACACCGUGGAAGUGUGGAGAACGUCCGCAGAAGGAGGCGACCAGCUCCUCAGCGACGUGCUCUUCUUGCCACAAGUCGGGGCAACUCAGGUGACCUUGGAGUUGCCGGGACUGAGAGGUACAUCUCGCCUACAGCUCUCGUACAGCGUGCAGGUGAAUAGCCCAGGCAUCCCGCACCCUGUGGUCAUGCGCAAGGAGAUUCGACUGAUGCCGCAAGCAGAGCAACAGCGCUUCGUGGCCGCCGUCCGGAAGCUGAUGGAGAAUAAGGAUGGCCCCCAAACCUCCGAGUGGUUUCGCCUGGCGUCCUACCACGGCUGGCCGGAAGACUACUGUGAGCACGGUCAGGAGACCUUCCCUGGAUGGCAUCGCGCCUACUUGUGCGAAGCAGAGAAGGCCUUGAGCCAGGCUGACAAAGAGCUCGGCAACGAUGGCAGGAUUGGGAUACCGUACUGGGACUGGUCGCGGCUGGAGAUCAAUGGCGAGGUCAUGCCCAAAAUCAUCCGGGACAAUUUCAGCGAGAUGCCUCCUGGCCUCGUGAAUCCCUCUGAGGCCGGCCGGCUGGGCCGGGAGGGCUUUUCCUCCCUCAGCUCGGAAGAGCGGCUCAGGCAGCAGCUGACCUCCAUGCAGGUCGCCCGGGGAGCAGAGAGGUGCCUCACGGAGAACGAGCACUGGCUGCACGCCUCCACACGGGGGCGAGGAUUUUCCGUGGAGGAUCCGCACAACAGUGUCCACGUAGCAUGUGGGUUUCCCAUGACUACUGUUCCCUAUGCAGCAUUCCAUCCCAUUUUCUUCCUGCACCACUCGAAUUGCGACCGCAUCUACGAGAAGCACGUGCCUGGGCGCAAGGACGCCUAG